AGCUAUCUAUUCACUCUAUAUAAAAACGAGGGUUAUUAUAUCGCACGCAUCUAAACACUCAAUUCUCUAGGGUUUCUCUUCUCUUCACUCAGUUACUAACGAUGGCAGACGAACCUCAAUACUCAUCAGACACAACGCCCAAUAAACGCAAGUACGACGACCAAACGACGCCGCCUUCAUCCGGUGCGCGUAGGCCCACAGGCUUUUCCUCUGGACCUCCGAUACCAGCUCCGGAUUCUGCAGCGCCUGCAUCCUACAACAACGUGCCGCCUCCUGUAGAUGAUUUCCAGGCGGCUAAGCGGCGCGCUGAGCAGAUCGCAGCUAGACUCCUCAACUCUGCUCCCGCAGAUGCCAAACGCCCUCGCGUGGAGAACGGCUCUGGCGCCUUCGAUUCGGCCGAUAAGGGCUUCAGCUCCCCUCCCAGCGAUGUCAAGCCAAGUCCAGUGCCUUCAGCCAUACCCGUUUCGUAUGGUGGCUUCCAGGGUGGAAUCGGAACAAGUAAAAAGAUCGAGAUACCAAAUAUCAGGGUUGGUGUAAUCAUUGGCAAAGGUGGAGAGACAAUCAAAUACCUUCAACUUCAGUCGGGAGCAAAGAUUCAAGUAACUCGAGACACAGAGGCAGACCUCAAUUCUCCAUGUAGGAUGGUGGAGCUUAUGGGUACUCCAGAACAAAUUGCUAAGGCAGAACAGCUUAUUAAUGAUGUUCUUGCUGAGGCUGAAACAGGGGGAUCUGGUAUAGUUGCUCGGAGGCUGACUGGACAGGCUGGAUCGGACAGUUUUGUGAUGAGAAUUCCAAACAACAAGGUUGGCCUAGUAAUUGGUAAAGGAGGUGAAACUAUCAAAAAUAUGCAAGCCAGGACUGGGGCUCGUAUUCAGGUGAUACCUCUGCAUCUGCCCCCUGGCGAUACAUCAACAGAAAGGACGGUACAGAUAGAUGGGUCUAGUGAACAGAUUGAAAGUGCAAAACAAUUGGUUAAUGAAGUCAUCAGUGAGAAUCGUCUUAGAAAUCCAGCAAUGGCUGGAGGAUAUUCUCAGCAAGGUUAUCAAGCACGACCACCUACAAACUGGGGCACACCUGGGGCUCCUCCAAUGCAACAACCUGGGUAUGGUUACAUGCAGCCUGGAUCAUAUCCUGGUCCAUCACCCCAGUAUAACAUGUCUCAGCCUCCAUAUGCUGGCUAUCCUUCCCAAUCAACAUCUGGUGGAUAUUCUACCAAUUGGGACCAGUCCUCUGUACCACCGUCCCAGCAAACUACCCAGGGGAGUGGUUAUGAUUACUAUAGUCAACAACUGUCUUCUCAGCAACCAGCAGCCCCUGGUGGUACAGCAGCUCCAGCAGAUAACUCUGGUUACAAUUACAAUCAGCAAGCAGCAUCUGGCUAUAACCAACAGGGACAAGGUUAUUCUCAAGAUGGCUAUGGUGGAUACCAUGCGCCUCAGUCAGGGUAUGGGCAGCCUGCAUCAUAUGACCAGCAACAAGGUUACAACUCUGCAUCUGGCUAUGGUAAUGUGACCAAUUCAACUCAAGAGGGGCAUACUCCCUCGUAUGGAACAGGUGAUUCAACACAGGCACCUCCACCUGCGCAGGCCUAUGGUACCAGUCAACAGCCUAGCCCAAACCCUGCCAGCUAUCCCCCUCAAGGAGCUGCUCAGCCAGGUUAUGGAGUGCCUCCAACUUCUCAGGGUGGCUAUGGGAAUCUAGCACCAGCUCAAUCUGGGUAUCCCAGCUAUGGGCCACCCCAAGGACAGAAACCCAAUCCCCCUGCUUAUGGACAGACCCAACAGUCACCUACUGCUGCAGGAGGGUAUGGGCAGCCAGCACCUGUUCAGCCUGGAUAUCCCCAUUCACAGCCACCAGCAUCUGGCUAUUCUCAACCAGAUUCAGGUUCUCAACGUGCCCCACCAUCCAGUUAUGGUGCAGCUGCUCAGCAAGGGUAUGGAUAUGGUGCACCACCAGUUAGUCAACCAGGUUAUGGUCAGGGGCCACCAUCUUACAACUCUUAUGCUGCUGGGUAUGCACAGUAUUCUGCUGAUGGCAGUGCAGCACCAGCUUCUCAGCCUGUUCAACAGAGUGGAGUAUCCAAGUCACCCCAAAGUUAGGCAGGCAUAUGUGGCAACUUGGUAUUCAACUGUCAGUUUUUGUUGCGUGUAUGUUUGAUGACGGUUUAUUGUAUUCCAGUGGUUUAGGUCUAGUUAGAUUUAGUUGUAUGUUUAAGACUUCAUCUAGUUCUGUGGUAUUGUUGAAUAUUGAGGAUGAUGAUUAUAUUUCCUUGUCCAAUCUUUUUAGUUUUUACUCACUGUUUAAAGCAUGUUCGUGCUUCCAUUUCCUUGCUGUGGUUGUUAAAGUAUAUUUGAUUUGAAGAACUAUGCAAUUAAUUGGCCGACUUUUUGAAUUCGA